GACAGAAGCGACACACUGAGAGGCAGAGAGGAAUACUUGUUGACACCAAAACUACCGGGGACAGCUACAGAAGGGAAAACUGGAAUUAUGGGAACACUGAAUACUUGAAAUUUAACCUGCUGUCGAUUUCACACGAUGAACUGAGUGAGGCACGAGUGAAAGUGAAAGUGAAAGUAACUUUCUAGCCUGGCUGACUACUUUCUAUUCUGCUUGCUGUGUUUAUAGCUUCACUCGGAGACAAAAUGGCUUCCAGGUCGGACGAGGAUCUCUGCUGUCCUGUCUGCUAUGAAAUCUUUAAAAAUCCUGUUGUUCUGUCGUGUAGCCACAGCUUCUGUAAAGACUGUCUGAACAACUGGUGGAGGGGGAAACAGACAAAAGACUGUCCGGUUUGUAAGAGAAGAUCAUCAAAGAGUGAUCCUCCUCGUAACUUGGCUUUAAAGAACCUGUGUGAGGCCUUUUUACUGGCGAGAGAACAGAGAGGUUCAGAGACUCUCUGCAGUCUGCACUCUGAGAAACUCAGACUCUUCUGUCUGGACCAUCAGCAGCCGGUGUGUGUCGUCUGCAGAGAUUCAAGGAGACACAACAACCACAGAUUCAAACCCAUUGAUGAAGCUGCAGAGGAUCUCAAAGAGGAGCUCCAGAAAUCCCUGAAGCCCUUAAUGGAGAAACUGAAGCUCUUUCAUGAAGCAAAAAGAAACUGUGAUCAAACAGCAGAACACAUUAAGGUCCAGGCCCGACGCACAGAGAGGCAGAUCAAGGAGCAGUUUAAGAAGCUUCACCAGUUUCUACAAGAGGACGAGGAGGCCAGGAUCUCUGCUCUGAGGGAGGAAGAGGAGCAGAAGAGUGAGAUGAUGAAGGAGAAGAUGGAGGCUCUGAUUAGAGAGAUAGCAGCUCUUUCAGACACAGUCAGAGCCACAGAGGACGAGCUGAGAGCUGGAGACGUCUCAUUCCUCAACAACUACAAGGCUGCAGUGGAAAGAGUCCAGCAGGGCCCCCUGCUGGAGGAUCCACAGCUGCUCUCAGGAGCUCUGAUAGACGAGGCCAAACACCUGGGCAACCUGACCUACAACAUCUGGAACAAGAUGAAGGAGAUGGUCUCCUACAGUCCUGUGGUUCUGGAUCCAAACACAGCCGACACAACACUAGUGGUGUCCGAAGAUCUGACAAGCGUGAAGUCUGGAGUGCGACCACAGCUUCCAAAAAACCUGGAGAGGACCAAAUUCUCCUGCUCCGUUCAGGGCUCUGAAGGCUUCAAAUCAGGGACUCACAGCUGGGACGUUGAGGUGGGAAACAACAAGGACUGGGAACUGGGCAUGUUGGGAGAGGACAUCCAGACGGACGGACGCCUACAGUCUGGAUUGUGGAGAAUUUUGUUCUCCGACGGUAAAUUCACAGCGUUCUCCAUGCCAGAUCAUGAGAAAGUUCUGCCAGUGACGAAGAACCUCCAGAAGAUCAGAGUUCAUUUGGACUUUGACAAAGGAAAACUGUCGUUCUCUGAUCCUGAUACUAACACACACAUACACACCUUCACACACACAUUCACGGACACUGUGUUUCCGUACAUUUACACCGAGGAUCACCAACCACUGAAGAUUUUACCAGUGAAGGUCUCUGUGGCGGUGGAAAAGCAAUGUUAGAGAUUAUUAUGAUAAGGUUGGUUGAUAUGACAUUGACUUUUAGAAAGUUUAGAAAGUCAUAUCAGUAAUGUCUUGGGUUGUAUUACACUGGUUGCAAUGCUGCAUAUUAUGGCAAUUUUGGAUUUACAGGAUUAUUGCAGCAAUGUUAUUAAGCAGUAUGAUUUUAUUUUAACAACUUAUUAUGUGUGCGUGUUACUAGGAGGGCUAGAUGUAUUAAUGAAACAGUGUGCUAUGGCUUUUGGUAGCAAUUUGGCAAAGAUUUUAAGCUGAAAUCAAGAAUCAAGAAUUAAACUUUUCAUACUGCAAAUACUACAGAAUAAUUGUUAUGCAUGAUAAAAGCAACUACCAGGACAGAUAGUGAUGAACCUGUACACAGUGUGGUUCACAGUGACGGUGAGUUACAGCUUUUAGACACUAGAUUAUGUAAAAUUUGGCAUACUUAACUAGGGAAAUAAUAUACAGUGUGAUGAAGGACUUUUUAGCUAAACCACACCCCCAGUUUAUAAUAAUUACAAUAAUGAUGAUAGCGACAAUGAUCAAAAUGUAAUGAGUGACAAACGUUAGAUGUGUAUGAUCUGAUGACUAAGAAGUAUAGAUUAAUAUUGAAAUAAAAAAUGUAUAUGGGAAUUAUCAGGGGGUUUGAAGUAGGCCUGGGUAUUGUUUGAGUUUCUUCAACUUCCGUGCUGAUAAAAGUUGGGUUUGGGUACCUAUAUCAUAAAAAUAACGUGGCUUUUGUUCUGAACUUUACCAUGAGGAUUAUAAACAUUUCUUUCAACAAAUUAUUUCUAAUGUUUUGCAAAAUAAUCCAUACUUGUUAAACGCUUUGUGUUUAGUUUUAGCUUUACGUUGUACAAUUAGAGGGUUUGUGAUUUUGACGGACACAUUACCGUAAGUACGCAGGAAGUAUUGAUAUAAGAUAUUGUUAUCAUGUUUAAGGUGAUGGGGUUGGACGAUGAUCAAACCGUUUAAAAUGCUGACUUUGAAUACGAUGAUUUGAAAAAAAAUGUUAAGCAGUGAUGAUGGUGAUGAAGCUAUGAUGAUGUUUUUACAGAUACCUUGACGUUACAUCUUUACUUUCUUUAUGUGAUUCAAAUCCUUUUAAAAACAGGAUGUUGGAAUAUCAGUAAUAGGAAAAAGUAAGUUGAGAGGACAGGCAGAAGGGGGGUAUUUGUUUAAAAUGUGUGUUAUGCCAAGUUAACAUGAUGAAUAUCAAAACAAACAAAUGAAAUAAUAUUUAAUGAAUUGCUGAAGCAGAAACCAAAUUAUUAAGUUGUUGUGGGUUUUCUCUGUUUUUCCUCUGGCCAUUGUGAUUAUGACCAAUAAAAAUGAA